AUGGUCAAUUCAGACAUUAACAUCGCUAGCUUGGGUCAGUGUCACACACAUUCAGGCAGCGACAUCUCUCAUGUCUUGAUAGAUGAGCUACUGGGCAAGGGGCCGUUCCACGCCUUUGUCACAGGAUUAUCGGCUCGGGUACAAGAAGGCAACCUGGAGACCAUGAUUCUUGGUUUCACUUACCGGACAGACUUCCAAUUCGCUGCCUAUCGUCAAAUUCAGCAUAUUCUCGACCCCCACGACAAAGAAGCUACUUCCACUGUGAAGCCAUUCGGCCUCGUGGAAACUCCCAUUACUGCCUCUGAUAAUGAUUUACCCAAAUACACAUCCUCUCUAUUUGUGGAGGCAUAA